AAGAAUUCAAAGAAAGCUUUGUCCUUAAAAAACGAAGGGACCCACUAUUCUUGCGAUGACAUAUGGUCAUGUGGUCAUCUGCUUCUCUCAUCCUCUCUUGGUUCUCUUUUUAUAUUUAUGAUAUGACAUGAUCGUCAUCAGAUUAAGCUGGGCUUUCUCUGCUGGUGUGGUUGAUCAUCAACAGCAUAGACAAAACUCAAAGUUUUCAAUGAUUGAAUAGAUUUACACCAUUAUACAUGGAUGAAUAUUCUGGUAAGAGAGCUGUUGAUGGGGUGGUUAUCUCUAGAAAGGGAUCUGCCGUGGCGUUGAGAGAUACUGCGAGUAGUAGAGAUCGAAAUGCUCAAUUCUGCAGCCGAAUUGGAUGCAGUGGCAGACCCAACUCGUUGAAAGGUACCCAAGUGAUUGGCUCAGAAAAAGGAAAAUCUUCAAGGCCCUCAUUUAGGUUUUCUUCUAAUGGCAAGGAGAUAUUAGGAAGUACAUCGAGGGCUUUUUCUGCAACCAACACCUCAAAAAAGUCCCUUACUGAAACUCGAAAGAGGCUGACCACUCAGCUUGAAACAGAUUCAUCUGAAUCUAGUAGUGUACAGGAUGAACCUGAAAUACCUGAUUCUCGAAGUCCUCUUGAAAAAACUCAAAGAGAACUCCAACCUGGUUCUGAAAGUGCUGAAUCUAGUGAGGUUACAUCAGUUGAAUUGGGAAGCUCAAGUGUAUCAUCAAAUACAAGAUCUAGGAAAAACUUUCGUCAAAGAUUGGGAUUGGCAAAUCCAGAUAGUCCAUUAGGUCCCUCUGUUUCUUCAGCACCUAGAAGCACUAGCAACAAUGCCCGUGCUAAUGCGAGUAGAUAUGGUAUGAAAAAUUUUAAAUGCAGUUCCAUAGCUGAUGUCAUACCUUCCAAUUGUUCGUCAUCAGAAUCUAAUGCUAGUAGAAAGAAAGACCCAUUGAAAAAGAGAAAUUGUGAAGGAGAAAGUAGUUCCUCGGCCAGGGGAAAGAAGAUGACAGGGUCAUCAGCGGAGGGGCAGAAUUCUAUACCAAGCCAUGGCAUAUCUAUCUCAGAUUCAAGGCAGGCCAGAAAUUUCCCUGCUAACAGGGAUAAUGGGAUUCCAUCAGUUAGGAAUCGUAGAUCUUUCAAUGGUUACACCAGGACAAGAGUUGCCAGUCAAGAAAAUAGAAACUGUUCCUCACAAAAUGAGUUCCCUCUUGUUCCUCAACAAAUGCCACAGUCAGAUAUAACCAUCGACUUCAAUGAUCCUAGCUCUUCGCACCAGUUUUCUUUGGAGACCUUCUCAAGUCUCUCAAGCUCUUAUGGUCGACUGGGAAAUAGCAGUGAGUAUAUGAGAGGUAUUAGGCCCGCCAGUCCAGCAGAAGGUGGAAGUUCGCGAUCUUUGAUCAAUCGAGAGAGCUUCCGACGCUACAAUAUGGAUGGAAUUGCAGAGCAGGUGUUACUGGCACUUGAGAGGAUAGAGCAAGAUGAAGAACUCACGUAUGAGCAAUUACUGGUUCUGGAAACAAGCUUGUUCCUCAAUGGGCUUAACUUUUAUGACCAGCAUAGAGAAAUGAGACUGGAUAUCGAUAAUAUGUCGUAUGAGGAAUUAUUAGCCCUAGAAGAGAGAAUGGGUUCAGUUAGCACAGCAUUGACAGAGGAAGCAUUGUCUACAUGCCUUAAGACUAGCAUUUAUCAGUCAACAACUAUUGAGGAUGCAAUUACCGUCUGUGCUGGGGAAAAAAGUAAUGUCAAGUGCAGUAUUUGCCAGGAAGAGUACAUAGUUGGCGAUGAAGUGGGGAGGCUGCGAUGUGAGCAUAGGUAUCAUGCAACGUGCAUACAGCAAUGGUUGCGGCUGAAAAAUUGGUGCCCCAUCUGUAAGGCAGCAGCAGUACCCUCUCCAUCGGCAUCCACACCCCCAUGAAGUGUUGGGUGCAGGGCUGAUCUAUCACCUUGUAUAAAUUAAAUUUGUCCUUUGCAUCUUCUUCUUUUAUUUCUUCGUCUUGUACAUAACAAAUCUCAUCGAUUCAACUAAUAAGCCCACGCACUGUUGGCUCCAUGCCUCGUUUAUCUUAAAAAUGGUAAACUGUGAAUUGAUGAUUUGCUCACA